CGUCAAAAAAAUUCUCAAUAAAAAAUAACCAAAUCACUGUUUCAGGAAGGAUCUCCAAGAAAUGAAGAGGACGAAUGCGGGACAAGAGAGCCGCCGGCUAAACAAGCGGCGCCUUCCAGAUUCCAGCGCCACUGCCUUUGCUAUUAUUCUCGCAGCUAUUUCCAAAGGUAAUAACUACGGAGGGGAAGAUUUAGCUCUCAUUCAACGAUGCUUAACGAAAUUGCAUCGGUCUCUUUCGCAAAGUCUCUCCACACCUAUCCUGUCCCUGCUUCCCGUCCUUAUCAGCUCCAAAAGUGACGAAGUUGCUUGCAAAAGCAUAGAGAUUGUGGGAGCAUUAUCAUUGAUGUCCAUUGAGAUGAACGAACAGAUAGCUUCUGAAGAGCAGAUUGUGAAGGGGUUGGUUGCUUUGUUGAAGAGUUCUAAUAGUCUCAGAUCAAUGGCUGCUUGUAACUCUAUUCUUGACCUUUCUACCACGUCGAUUGGACGAAAACAUCUUGUUGACUCGUUUGCCAUUGAGAAUCUAAUUCUUCGCUUCUUUCAGGACCCUAAAUCAUCUACUCCUAUGGUGUCUCUUCUUUCAGAUGGGAAGUGUACUGAAUGCCCCAAAAUUGUUUUCAACGACGAUAAGUUGUCAAUAUUGCUUGUGAAUGCUAUCAUAAUUCUUCUUAAUUCAUGCACUAUCGAACAGCUACAUAAGAUCCCAGUAACCCUCUCAAGGGUUUUGCUGUUGCAUUUAAAAAAUGUGUGGGAAGAAGUUCAUCAACUGGAGCUUUGUGGUAUCUCUGAAAAUUGCACACAGGAUGGAGUUUCUUACAUAAACAGUAUUCAGACGAACAAUCUGGCUGAAAGUGUUUUCAGGCUCUCCGUGGAUAUUAAUCCAUGUAGAGCACCUUCAGUUGGGUUUUUCAAUGCAGAAGAUACGAGUUUGGAAAAUUUUAUGUUGAACAUUUGGGAGUCAUCACCCUUUCUGUUAACAAACUCCAAGCUGAAAAAUAUAAUGAGUUCUUUUAUAGACUUCAGUAAAUUAAGGAAGUCGGUCCCUUCCUUUUUAUCCUCGAUGCUAAGAGGACUUAUUCAUUGUCCACCUAUUCCUUCAGACGAACAUGACAUUCUACAUUUCCUAGAUGAGGUAAGUAAUAGUUUAGGUUGUCCGAUUGUUCACCAAGAGGAUAUUCGUGUUGUCCAAACACAUGAUUCAGAAUCUGAGUUGCACUAUUUUCAAACACAAACAGAUAAUAUAAACUUUGAGUUCCCCAUUAUCUUUAGCAGUGCCGAUAUACUCAAGUGUGAGCAAGCAUACAAGGAAGGGUAUACAAUUGCUUUACGCGGUAUGGGGUUUCGUUAUACGAGCAUUGCUUCCGUUGCGGAUGAAGUGGCAUCUAUGUUUGGUCAACCUUCAAUAGGAGUAAACUUGUACCUGACACCUCCUGGCUGUCAGGGGUUGGCUUGUCACAGUGAUGAUCACUGUGUCUUUAUCUGCCAACUCGUUGGGGCAAAAACAUGGAAUAUUUUCUCCCCAGCUGGUAAUCGCCUACCUCGCUUGUACGAAGCUCUUGAGAAGAAGGAAAGAGGUAUAAUGGAUGCACACAAAGAAGUUUUGCUGAAAGAGGGUGAUAUUUUAUAUAUUCCGAGAGGCCACCCUCACGAGGCACGUACUAUCGGUUAUGGUGGAGGGUGUGACGCAUCCACUGGCUUUUCCUUGCAUCUAACUCUUUCUAUUGAAGUCGAGCCCCCAUUCGAGUGGGAAGGCUUUGCUCAUGUUGCCUUCUAUCAUUGGUGCAGGAGACAAAGUAUAACUCCAUAUAUACUUGCAGAUUCAGAAUCACUGGUUUUACAUAAGAUAUCAGCAAUCCUGAUUCAUAUUGCCGUGAAAUGUUUCGGUGAUACUGACCCAAUAUUUCGGAAGGCUUGUUUGGUUGGUGCACUUUCCCAUUCAUGUGAACAUACAGAUUGGCUCCUUGUUAACCAGAAGGAUAUUUUCAGCCACAUUAUUUGUAAAAUAAGAAGCGAGGCAACGUUUGUAGAUGUGUUGAAACUUGUGGAAGCCGCCAUUGAGAAACACGAAGAUCUCUUCUCUCAUUUCAAAUGGAUAAGGCAUUUGUUAAAGGGGGAACACGAAACGGACACCAACAGUAUUCAUUUAGUAGAUCCUAAUGAUGUUAUUUAUCAAAUUAGUCAACAAAACAGAGAAGUGGCAGAAGCUGUUUUUUACCAGGUAAAGUCAAACUUCUGCAAUGAAAUAGCAUUUGAGGAUGUGCAGCCGGUCUAUGUCACACUGCUUGAUGAUUAUAGGAAGGCGCGUAAGCAAUAUGCUAAUGGAAUGCUUUCUCUGCAUUUUGAUGGCCACUAAGAUGUUACAACCAUUUUUGGUGAAUGUGUCAGUGUUCUGUCAUGUAUUCCCUGGUCAUUGUAUGCAAAUGAAACUCUCGGAGGACAGGGGCAUUAUCGGAAGGAAAGUUCGAUACAUUUUGUUGCUUAUGUUACUGUUCUAGGUAGAGCAGACGGAAUGCUGCUAGUCAGCAAUCGGGUUUGAGUUUUCUUCAUGUAGGAGGAAAAACGGGCUUGGUAGUUGCUGACUUGCUGGUCAUGCCCACCACCAGUUUUUCAUUGCCAUUCAAGUUUUCCUGACCAUCGUUGUUUGUUGUUACAACACCUCAUGCAUGUUUGGUAUACUGAUUUUUAUGCUUAUAACAUACUUCGUACUUCCUACUUAAUUCGCCUUGUUGGUUUAAUUGACUGAGAAUGAAAAACUAUGUGCGAGUAUGAUUUUUUUGGUCUAAUGAAUGUAAAUG